AGUGUGUGCAAAACUCAUAAAGAGAGAUCCACUCUGCCACUAAUACUGCUCUCCACUCCCGUCAAGUCCAGCUCUCUCUCCAUCCAAGGGUUCCCCAAUGUCUUAUACGCCAGCGGAAAGGAGACGGGUCUUUCUCGCCUAUCGUACCGUAUUCAACGGCACCAACGCUCAUAUUCGGAAAAUCAAGAAGGUCCGAGAGGUUGUGCAAUCGCACAACAAGUCUUUCGAACCAUUGAUUAGGGAUUUGGAUUUUGAUAAAGUGGUCGAUGUCGUAAAGAGCCUCUUAGACCAAAGCAUUUUUGAGUCUGAGUUGCAGGCAAAGAUCACCUUCCCGGAACUCUUCCGGUCCUCGCCAGCGCGCGAUGUCCAGCGUAGCGCGUCGGAAGUUGAUGCAGCCCGGUCCGAGGCAGAAGCUUUAGAAGUACUGUCGUCUGCGAGUGAACAGGGAGGAGCCGGCAUGGGAGAUACAGUUGACGAUGUACCACAGAGCAAGUUACCUCUCUCGGAUGCAAGAUCAGAUAGGACCCUGACGAUUUGGACCCCGUCUUUAUAUCCCUCCUUCCUUCCGUAUACGACUCAGCACCUCAUUCUUACAACAGCUCAGCGGCAGCUUGAGGAGUGUUGCUUCGAUUUUGCAGCCAAAUGGCUACCCUCGCUAUUGAAAGAGAAGAAGUGGGAAUGCCCUGAGGCAGCUGAGUUGAUAAAGUGGACAAGGACACUGGCUAAGCAUUCCGGCAAAGUUCCUGCUGGUGCAAUAUGGAAAGUUUCAGAGGCACCUCUGAGUGAGGUCUUCUCCUCCACCAAUGUGCUCCGACACACGGCUGUCCAUCGGCUUGUAACGAGUGCACGGGGGAUAUAUAAAAUGAUCCAAUCUGCAUCGAGGCUUGCUAAUGCACUCGGCGACUCUUCAAGAGCUGCAGAGUUGGAAAAAUUGUGUCUCGAGAUGGGAAGUCGUAUCCGAGAUAUGGAGCUGAACAAGAACUUCUUAGAGAAUAGGCUGGACGAACAGCUUCAGGCGAUCAACAAGAAGCGUGAGGAACUUGAUAGGGAAGAGAAAGAGGCCAUAGCAACCAUGUUAAGUGAAGAUAGGGAGAACAAGUCUCUUGCAGGGUCUUUCCUUGAAGCUGCCGUCAAGAAUAUUUUUGGACGACCGGAAUCGGGGCCAACUAGCAUGGUGGAUGGUUUACGCGAGAGUGACGACGUCGAUGAAGGCAACGAACACGAGAAUGAUCAGGAGCCUGAAUUUAGUAAUGGUGAUAUUGAUGCUCAUAUACCUGCAGAUCUCUAA